UGAUAACAUUCCAUGCAUUGUCGGCAACAGCUGAGGGUGGAAUGUAAACAACCACCAAAACAACACUGGUGAACUCUCUUGGCAAAUAAUAUGGACGAAAACUUACUGCCAAUAGUUUAAUGUCUGGACAGCAGAGACCACACUUCACAGUAACGUGUGCUGGGUGACACCAUCUGUUGUUGACGAGCACUGCCAAUCCACCUGCUUUCCUUUUCCUGUGACAGCAGCGGCAGCAGUGCUCUGUGUUCCAUGCUGCAGCAGCUGCAGAGUCGUUUCACCUGGAAUCUGCGGAAGGAAGACAUGGACAUGGAGAGCCUGAGCACUCGACUUAAAGAGCACAUAAAACUCCAGCUGGGUCGUCCUGGUGCUGUGGCUCUUUCGUACAGCUUCUUGGCUUACGUUAGAUACCUUCAGAACCAGCCAGAAGAGGCCCUGUCACUUCUCCUCCAAUCAGAGCAGAAGACCAAGGAGUGCUACGGCGAGGAGAGUGAAAGGCGGCUCAUUGUGACCUACGGAGAUCUAGCCUGGCUGAAAUACCACACUGGAUACUACUUAGAGUCCCAGACCUACUGUCAAAGAGUACAGGACAUCCUGAAGAAGUAUCCCAGCAGCUCCUCCACAGUUCUCCAUCCAGAGGUUUAUGGGGAGCAAGGUUGGACUUACCUCAAAUUUUCUAAGUCUUUAUACCCCAAAGCCAUCGAGUGCUUUUUAAGCGCUCUGGAGAUUCAGAAGGAUGACAGUGAGUGGAAUGCCGGAUACGCCAUCGCCCUCUUCCGAACAGAAAGGAAUAAACCAGAACCAUCUGAAAAACCUGAGGAUUCUGCUGCCAUCAAACAGCUUCAUCAAGCACUGGAGAUAAACCCCGAUGAUGCCGUUCUGCUGUCCAUGCUUUCUGUGAAGUUGGGUGCCUACAAAAAACAUGAAGAAGCUGAAAGUCUAGUGGAGAAGGCACUAAAGACUGACCCAGAAAACCCUCAUGUACUGCGUUACAUUGCCAAAUACCUUCGUAACCAGGGAGAGAAUGAUCGGUCAAUCGAUUUGCUGGAGCGAGCACUGAAGAGGACCAGCCAAUCAGCAUUCAUUCACCAUCAGUUGGGCCUUUGCUACAAAAAGAAAAAGAUUGCUGAGCAGAGCUCCAAGCCUUACAAAAAGCAAAUGGUGCAACAGCUACGACACCAGUGCAUCCAGAACCUGGAAAAGGCAGUGAAGAUAAAACCUUCCUUUGCUCUUGCACGGGCAGAUCUGGCUCUAAUGUAUGGAGAGGACAAAGACUUUGACAGGGCUGAGGAGAUGUUCCAGCAUUGCUUCAAGAUGUUCCCUGAGAUACCAGACGAAAGCGUUUGUCAGGUUAUUCACCAGCGUUAUGCUGAAUUUCAUUUCUAUCACACCAAAAAGCCGGCGGACGCCAUCGAUCACUACAAAAAGGGUCUACAGCUGACACCGAAAACGUGGGAAUGGAUACAGUGUAUUAAGAAGCUGAAGAAGAUAGCAGAUGAUCGCCUUUCUGAAGACGAGGAUGACAGCCUAGCCUACGCUCUGUUGGCUCAAGUGGCCAAAGCGGAAGGAGACAUGGAAAAAGCUGCCGAGAUGUUCGAGAAAGCUCUGGACUGUGACGAAAACAACAGCGAGUACCUAAGUGCUCUGUGUGAACUGCGUAUGAAUUUGCACUAAAUUAUUGAAAUGUAUUUAACCUAAUGAUUGAUCUACGUGUAAAAUGAAAUCAGAAUGUGUGAGAUGUGUCAUAUGACCUUAAAUAAACUCUUCUAUUCAUCA